UGACAUCUGGUGAUGGAUCAGUCCUGGACAGUAUAAAAGGGAACUUCCUCCACUGGAGUUCUAUAUCGCUCCUUCUCUUCUGGGAUUCCUCUCCAGGCUCUUUCUGAUUUGUUUCCAAACCAAAGAUGGUUGCUACCAAGUUAGAAAAUGCCAUUAAUGAAGUGAUGGACACUUUUCACAAGCACAGCAAAAAGUCAAAGGACUGGGACCAACUGAAUCUCCAGGAGAUGACUGAGAUCAUUAAGGAAGACUAUCCUACUUUCCUUUCAGCCUGUGGCUCGAACAAUCCAGAUGGUUUCAUAAGAGACCUUUUUGACAAAUCUAAGGGUGAAAAUGGAGAAGUCAGCUUUAACAAUUAUAUGAAAAUCGUGGGCAAAAUGGCAAUCAUCUACCAUAAGCGGAGCCAUGGUGAUAUGACCUGUGAUGACCGAAGAUGAACACCACUGAAUCAUGUUGAUGAGAUCCAUGGAUAGAAGGGAUGAAUCUGACCCAUCCUAGCACAGAGAUGAAGUUGAACCAAUAAAACAUCUCCUUUACCUUA